AUCUGUCAAGUGAGUUGUUAGAGCUGCUUAUAUAUAUCUGGGUCAGGGUUUGUAAACUAGUUGGGUUUUCUCCUCAGUGGAAUUAUCAGUGUUUAAGAAAAGAAAUAGAAGGCUUUAUUAUUUUCCUAUAGGUAAUAGGACCAUAGGGGUUAAACUGCUUUAAAUUGGUUUGGAGUUGUCACCCCAUUAGGGUCUGGCUUGAGAUUGUUGUUAGGUAAUUACAAAUGUUUCUACUCCCUCAGCUUGUUGUACACAUGUUCAGUUAAGCUCUUAUUUACAGGAUUCCUUUAUAGGUCAGAAGUCUGCAAGGUGUUCAGCAAUUCAAACAAUGGAUUAUUACAAUAUUGCUCUUGCAUCCACCAUGCUAGCAUUAAUAAGCAUUGCAAAAUGGUACUCUAUCAAAUCAAAGAGUAGCCUACCUCUAAAUUGGCCUGUAUUAGGCAUGAUGCCAUCCCUGCUAUGGAACAUAUCCAAUUUGUAUGACUAUACAGCCAAAGUACUCAGAGAAAAUGGUGGCACCGUCAAAUUUAGCGGUCCUUGGAAGACAAGAGGUCUCUUUGAAGUAAUCACCUCAAGUCCUCCUAACUUGGAACAUGUUCUGAAGAAUGAGUUCCCUAACUUCCCUAGGGGUCCCUAUUUUAAGGGUGUUUUCUUUGAUGUGUUUGGUGAUGGUCUGUUCACAGCAGACAAUGGCUUAUGGAAGAGACAAAGAAAAGCAGUGGCAAUGGCUAUGAGCAGCAGCAGUUUCAGAGACCAGACUAUAAUUCUGUUGCAAAAGUUACUCCAGGAAAAAGUCAUACCAGUUCUUGAAGAAGCAAAAGAUAAAAAAUCAUUUUUUGAUCUGCAAGAUAUUUUUCUUAGACUCAAUUUUGAUAUGAUAUGUAUUACUGUAUUGGGUAAAGAUCCAGGAUGUUUAGGUUCUGUUCCUCUUCUUGAUGUUCCAUUUGCCAUGGCCUUUGAUGAAGCUGUAGAAGCUUGUACUUAUAGGCUCAUUCUUCCUCCAUUUUUUUGGAGAUGCAUGAAAUUUUUGAAUGUGGGUUCUGAGAAAAUGCUGAGGAGAGCUCAAACAGUGAUAUGUGAUUUUGCAUCAGAGAUGGUGAAGUGUAGAAUUGAGGAGCUCAACUCAGAAAGAGGAAUACAGCAUGGUGACAUUUUGUCAACUUUUAUCAAAAUGGAGGAAGAAGAAGGGCGUGCCCCUUCUGAAAAAUUGCUCCAGGAUUUAUUUAUGAGUAUAUUACUUGCUGGUAGAGAUACUUCUGCUCUAGCUCUUACCUGGUUCUUCUGGCUUCUGUCCAUGCAUCCAAAUGUAGAGCAAAAGAUAAUCUCUGAAAUAACCCAGAUACUGAAGUCUAAACACGUGAAUAACAACAACAACAAUAAUUCUUAUGACAAGAUUCAUAUGUUUGGUUUAGAAGAAUUAAGAUGCAUGAACUAUUUGCAGGCAGCAAUAUCUGAAUCUCUGAGGCUUUACCCUCCUGUCCCUGUAAGUUAUAGACAAGCCAUGGAAGACAGCAUCUUGCCUGAUGGAACCCAUGUUAAGAAAGGCUCAAAGCUUCUGUAUUUUAUCUAUGCUACAAAUAGAAUGGAGAACCUGUGGGGGAAGGAUGCCUUGGAAUUCAAGCCUGAGAGAUGGAUUAACAAAGAGGGUUUUUGUAUGAAAGAGUGGGAUUAUAAGUAUCCUGUGUUUAAUGCUGGUCCUAGGCUGUGUUUGGGGAGAGAUAAUGCUUAUGUUAGUAUGAAGUUUAUGGCUGCAAAUAUUCUUGCUCGUUACAAAGUGAAAGUUGAUCCUGGUCACAUUGCCAAGCCUAAGUUUGGACUGACCCUCUUCAUGAAACAUGGCCUCAAGGUUAGCUUGGAUUCAAGAGAGGAUAUUGUAAAAUGAAGAACAGAGUUUCAUUGUGAUGAGGAAGACUACAAUUUUAUAGAAAUAUAAGUUAAUCUUCAAAUGAAGAGAGUUUGUUAGUUCUGCUAUAUUUAGUAGGCAGAGAGUGAAAUGCUAGACAAAAGAAAAGUUCUAUCUCUAAUGAAAAAUUCAAUGGAAUGAUUAGUAUGUAAAAUAAUGUAUUUUGUAUUGAAGUUAAUGAAUAAUUUGAUCACAACUUGAUUCUA